GAAGCAGCUGAAAAAGAACACAAAGUGUGGUAUAAAGAAGAGCUAGAUCCAUGGGUGAUGGUAAUAGCAAUGUUUGAUGUUCCCAUCUCAUCCACCGUAGAGACUGACUCUGCAACGACUCAUCUUCUUUCUCUUUCCCAUUCUUUUCGCAGAUCCAAAUCCAAAUCCAUAGAUUCACACCAUUAACUAACCAAAUCAAGAUCCAUGUUGUUCGCAUCAUCUUCUUCUUCUUCUUCACUCCUAUAUUUACUCUCAUUAUUAUUCUUACUAUUAUUAUUCAUAUCUUCCUCAUUUGCUUCUAUUCACAUCUACAAUCAUGAACCAUUUCAAGAAAUCGGCAAUGCUUUUCUCCUCUCCGGUGGCAGCGAAGGUAUCUCCGCCUCCCUCACCACCGCUCCCCAUAUCGCUUCCAUUCACGACGGCCAUUCUUACAUUCGGUUUGAGAAUAUAACAUUUAGGAGAAGAAAAUCUGCAGCCAGGGCACGAGGUACCGUGCCAAUACACAUUAUAAUUUUCGAGGCUGCUGAUCGUGAUGAUAUAGGCGGUUCUGCUUAUGGUGGACAACGUGCAAUCUGUUGCACCUCUGAUUUAGCUAAGAUGGGAGCUUGUAAGCAAGGAGAGGUUAUCAGGAGACCUUCUGCAACAGACACUAAUUGGCCGGUCGUUAUAGAUCUAUAUUUCAAGGGGAAGUCUAAUCUUAUUAGUUUAGAUUCUAAGGAAGUUCCUAUCACGAAGACUGGAAUGUAUAACUUGUUUUUUGUAGCUUGUGACCCCAAGCUUAAGGAAAUUGUAAUGAGCGGGAAGACAAUCUGGAAAAACCCUGAUGGGUUCUUACCUGGUAGGAUGGCUCCGUUUAAGAAGUUCUAUGUAUUUAUGACGUUGGCUUAUGUCUGCCUCGGCAUUGUUUGGUUACUUCAGUAUGUGAGGUUUUGGGAUGAUGUACUACAACUUCAACACUGUAUCUCAGCUGUCAUUGGUCUUGGAUUGUUUGAGAUGAUUCUUUGGUAUUUUGAGUAUGCCAAUUUCAAUAAUACUGGAAUCAGACCUAUUGUUGUCACAACAUGGGUUGUCACUGUUGGGGCUAUAAGACAAACGAUAGCGCGACUUCUCAUACUCUCCGUUUCCAUGGGUUAUGGUGUUGUGCGACCCACUCUUGGUGGUCUUACAUCAAAGGUCCUUUUGCUUGGAGUAACUUACUUGUUUGCAUCGGAGUUGCUGAAUAUUACUGAAUAUGUCGGGACCAUCAAUGAUAUAUCAGGAAGGGCAAGGCUCAUUCUAGUUCUUCCUGAUGCUUUCUUGGAUGCAUUUUUAAUUUUAUGGAUUUUUACUUCUCUAUCAAAAACACUGGAACAGUUACAGGCAAAACGGAGUUCUGUUAAGUUGGAUAUAUAUCGGAAUUUCUCAAAUGCACUAGUAGCAACGGUGACCGCCUCGGUUGUCUGGAUAGGUUAUGAGGUUUACUUCAAAGCAACCGAUCCAUUUAAUGAACGCUGGCAGAGUGCUUGGUUCAUCACUGCAUUCUGGGACAUUCUAGCAUUUGCACUACUAUGUGUUAUAUGUUAUCUCUGGGCUCCCUCCCAAAGUUCUCAAAGGUAUGCAUACUCAGAGGAAGUGGGAGAUGAAUCUGAUGAUGAAGAAGCUCAGUCUCUAACUAAGGGAAAACAAGAAGGCCGAGGAGAAUUAAGUUUAGUCAGGCAAGAGAAGAAUGUCCAAAAUGAUGCAUCUUCUGACGAAGACGACGAAUCAGAAGAGGAUAAAAGGGAAUAAGCUUUUAACAACUUUCUUUUACCACAUUUGUACUGUUUUCCCUGCUGGGUUUUUAAGUCUUUUGACCCGACCCUCAACAGGAGGCAUUGUAUACAAUUUUGUUCAUUUUGUACUGGAAUGUAAGUGCUUCAUAUUCUUUGUUCCAAAAUUGUUUUAUAUAUCGUGUAAUUAAUGUAUAACAAUUGUGGUGUGGUGACUCGCCAGCUUCUAGAUUUAGUUUGUUACCAUUAUGUUAUUACCUUGUGUUGACUGACAGAGAAUGAUCAUGAAAUGAGAAAUUAGUAUUUUCCUUUC